AAACUAAUAUCCACAUUUAUCAACAACAUGGACGAGCAUUAUUAUGUGGCCAGAACGCGAAUAGAAAAUAAUUAAAAUUCAUAUCCGAUACCAAAAUUUCCCUAAUUCAUUGUUUACAGUAUAUUCAAAUUUGACGGGAAAAUUCAAUUUAUUUUCGAGGAGUAUCGAUAAAGUUCUAUAUACGAGUGAAUUAGAAUUGGUAAUUCUAACUUUGAAAUAGUUUAAAUAUGUAAAAUACACUACACUUUAUGAAUGAGGGGCAUAUUUUUGCAGGUAACUGUAUAUCACGUUCGCGGAUGUAUGAAUCGUACGAAAUACCGAUUCAGCGGUACGGAACGCAUUACUUUAUUAAUUAACGUAUUACAAAAGUAUCGCCGGAUUUAAACGAACGCAGUGUUUGCACGAAUAAAGGUAUAAUACACGGGUACGGUGAUAAAAAUCCACGCCAUUUUUCACAGAUAUAGAUUCCCAGCGCCGAAAUAAUGAAACAAGUUUAUAUCAAUUUGCGACUGCGAAUGUUACCGCUUCCGGAUAAUAAUCUACAAUUCGCCGAGCGUAAAAGCGCCUGCGGCUACGCAACCCUCGUUACACGAAGUUGCUAAUGCGGGUGAAAGUAUUUCAUUGGGAGACAAUUAUGUUCGAUGUUUAUUCUCGUCGUAUAAUUAAGCUAAAAAUGAUUUCACUAGUUGCCGCUCGUUUACCGCGAUUGUUUCGAACGUGUUUCGAAGGUGAAAUAUCGGUUCCAACUGAAAAAUACCCGCAUACGUAAAAUCCUGUAAAAGUACCCGACGUUAUCUGCUAACAGUCCGUCUGUAUGUACACAAUGCGUUAGCGAUUUAACGCAAUAACUCCCACCGCCAAUCGUUUUAUUGCCAGAGGAUAAAUAUACCGUUACCUGUAAACCUCGAAAAACAAUUGCGCAACGCAUAUGUGUAGCAAACAAUAGUCUUACAUACAUACAUGUCUAGUUUAUUUUUAUAACUCAGAAUGAGUUUUGUGCUCGUUGAUUUUCUAAUUCUCUUUAAUCGAUUAAAGAAUUUGGAUACUCUUAUUUCCAACUUUAUUAUUCAACUGUCAUUAUGUACACAUCAUUUUUAAAAUUCUUUAUAUCGCUUCUCUAUCGGAUAGACACUGAUAGAUUAUAUGUAUAUCGAACCUGUCGAUCUAAUAAAUAAAAUCACACCAAAAAACCUAACCCAUUUCUCAAACAGAAAUACGAAAAGUGCCGCGAAAAAUAUUCCUCCCGCGACGCUGAGAGGUCGUUAUUUAUUGACUCGAUCACAAGUCACUCCUGUGAAACCCGGGGACGCUUGGACGCCGUUAUCGAGUGCGGCGAGAGCUCCCUCGCUCCUGUAAUCGCCAGCGUCAAAGUCGCCUUCAAUCCGGGUACCCGAACCCGCAUGGGACGGUGGGAGAGCACCAAACCGAAUCGCGUGCUCCGGAGGAGGCUUUCUCGCAGGAUCGACUCACGUGUCGCUGAAACCGUCUUCGCCGAAGGAUCUGAAAGGGAACGAGUGGAAAGAGGAUACCGCGUUUACACCGUGGCGAGCGACGAGGACACGAGCGCGACGACGAAUACGGACGGACCGUCGAGUCGGAAAAGGAGGGAUGACCGCACCGGGAGUAUCGUUAACCGGUACAAGAGUCCGUUCUCCAGCGUGCACAAGUGGCGAGGCACGGGUUAGUAUCGCGAGUGAACUCGGUCGACACGCAGGCGAGUCUCUCUCGGUUGCUCGACGCGCGGAACUGGUUUCGAGUGGAUCUGAUCGUCUUAACCGGGGCGGGAAAACAUUCAUGGAGCGUUACGACGAACUCCGUCGUCGGUGACGUCGCUCGGGGGCUUCUAUUUCCGUGCUCGCCCGAGUGUCUAUCAGCGACUCGCAGCCAGUGUUUUGGGCACAAAGGAGGAUUUCGCGAGUGUGCCGCGACGCAAAGAUCCACCACGGUCGGAUCGGUCCGUUAGCUGGCAGGAAUCUAGGCGUGUACGAGCUGGUGCAUCCGUGACAGCGGAGACCCCCGGAGGAGGAACAGUAUCAGAAGGAAAAGUUUCUCGGCUAUUUCCAAGGAUUACCUUCUACUUCCUCGGGCAUGGGUUGCUGCGGCUGCUCGGACGAGCCCUCGUCCAAGGUGGAGCCUAGGACGCCAGAAAAUGAGGGCAUGUCAUCGAGACGGUCCGAGCAGAUUUUCGUCACCGAUCGAUCCUGCACCGACCUUUUGGCUCUGAUCGUUCUGAUCGCACUCGUCGCCGGUUACGGUUUUCUGACGAGCAACGCUGUGAAGAAAGGAGACAUCUACCGCGUAAUAAAUGGCUACGAUGACUGUGCAAACGUUUGCGGCCGCGUCACGCAGCACGAAACUGAUCCCAAAUUUAGUUGCAAGGGUGGAGACAUGACGGACAAGCCGUAUCUGCUGAUGACCGUGGAAGCGAACGGAAUGAAGACACGCAAGUGCGUGUCCAACUGCACCAAUCAGAACAAGUCACCAAUCAUCGAGUUCUCGAGUUUAGGUAUCCUAUUCACCGUCAUAUCAAUGAUGAUAUUCCUGAAUAGUUGCCUGCCCAAGCAGCUAUCCGAGACGACCAACUCCUUUAUCAAGAAACUCGGUUUGGACAAUUUCUACAAGGUCUGUAGCUACGUUUUCAGUAAAAGUCGAAUUCAAGAGGUUUCCAGGGAUUUGACCAUCGCCUGGGUAGAGUUGGUGUACCUCCUGCUCAUAGCUCUAGCUAUCUCGCUCGCUAUCUUAAUUGCCUUCCGUUAUAUGGUGCAGUGGGUCGUUUACAUUGUCUUAAUCGGCGCCAUUCUCGCCUGUAUCGGUGGCUCGGCGUACCUCUGGUUGGCGUGGUACAAUGAAAAGAAAGGGGUGGAGGCGCAGCAGAUACACGAGGAGGAUUCCAGCCAAGAGGCCUACUUCGUUUAUGCGAUACUGCUGUCUUCCGUUACCGUUAUCACGCUUUUGAUUGUCUUGGUGAUGAGGAAAAGAAUCGCCCUGGUGAUGCAGCUGUUCCGCGAGGCGGGAAAGGCGGUUUACGCGAUGCCGGCACUUCUUCUGCAGCCUAUAUACACCUACUUGCUCAUCGGGCUCGCCGUUUGCGCUUGGGUGUACUGCAUGCUCUUGAUCGAGAGCGCUGGGAACAUCUACAUGAAUACGAAAAAUCAUAUACACUUCAGGAAGGACGCACUUCUGAUUGCUACCAGGUGGUACAAUUUGUUCAUCUUUUUCGUCACCUGCGAGUUCCUCCUGGGCUGUCAGCACGUUGUCGUCGCCUGCGCCGUUGCACGAUGGUUCUUCACCAGAGACAAGAAGAAGCUCUCUCUGGCGGUAACACGGGGCUUCGGUUAUCUCGUACGAUAUCACUUAGGCACGGUCGCGUUCGGGGCACUGGUUAUUGGUGUAGUUCGGCUCGUAAGAGCGAUAAUUUCCUUCGUCCAGAAUCGCCUGAAGCGUUACGAUAACGACCUUGUGCGGGGAAUAUUGUGGUGCUGUCAGUGCUGCCUCUGGUGUUUCGAGUGCGCUCUGAAAUUCCUCACCAGGAACGCUUACAUCGAAACAGCGAUAUACGGAUGCAACUUCUGCACUGGUGGGCGGAAGGCGUUCCAAGCGUUGGCAAGUAAUAUCUUAAGAGUCGCUGCCAUUAACAGCGUCGGGGACUUUGUCCUAUUUCUAGGAAAGGUUCUGGUCGUUACAUUAACGGUCGUCAGCGGAAUUUAUCUGGUCCAGAAGAAGGAAGGACUUCAUCAUCCCUGGGUGCCGAUAGCGCUCGCGGGAGUGUUUGCUUUCCUGGUGGCGCACUGCUUCAUCUCGAUAUACGAGAUGGUCAUAGACACCAUAUUCAUUUGCUUCUGCGAGGAUUGCGAGAAGAACGACGGCGUCGGUAGGCCGUACUACAUGAGUCGUGGAUUAAUGGAAUUCGUCGAGAAUAGCAAGAAGGCUCUGCAGCAUCUGGAUCAUCGUAGAGCCAGCGCGUAAUGGCGAUUGUUUGGUGUACUCGGUAGAAGCCAGUUCAGCAUUUUAGAGAUGCGAGAGAUUUUUCAAGUCGUGCCUUCAGGAAACCUCGCGAGAAGGAAUCACUGCGGCGUGAUAUCUUCGAUAAGACUUUGGCGUAUGAACGUCGUGGAUGUGCGUUUACAGUCCUGACGUUUCUUCCCGUCGCGGCAUUUCCGUGAAUCUUUUAAAUAUACAGAGUGUUUUAUCUUGGUUGUCGAAUACACGUGCUGCCCCACGUGGAGGAAGACUGCCAUGAUAUACAGACGAUUUCUGUCCAUGAUCUCUUUUCGUAGCAUUUUCCCAGACAGGAAGUAGGUAUAACUAGAUUCUGUUCAAAUAAUGGAUGACUAAUUUAAACGUUUAUCCUAUCGAACAGUCAUUCGGGAUCAUUUUUCUUUCAUUUUUUCAUUUCAUUCGGUUAUCUAAAUUAGUUUUGUUCGCUAUAUAAAUAUAAGAAGCGGUAAAAAUAGUCCGAUAAAACUGUCUGCGGUUUAUGGUACCGUUCCUAUGCAGCGCCGUUCGUGUAUGUAGCUGAUAACGAUAACGCCAAUGAAGGGCAGAAUUAUAUUCGGCAGAAAUGUACGAUGAACAGAAACACCGGUAUAGUGAUUCAUUGAUAGAAUUGUAAGUUUACAUUCUGUUAUACUUAACAAACAAAAGAUAUAUAUGAAAUAUUUGAGGCUUUUUAUGGUUGAUACUAACUGAAGCUUUCAAAUGUAAGUUGUGUCUUUUAAGUACGCUCCAACGUUUCGCCAGCAUGGUAGUUAACUUCUUUAGGGAUCAAAUGAAACGCUGAUAUCGUCAUUUGAUAUAUCAAUGAUGUUAUGACAUAUCAGUGUGAUAUUUGAUCCUUACGAAACUAGCUCCAUCGUUAAACAUACGAUCGCCUCGGUUAGUAUCAAUCAGCGGACAUAUGUAUCAUUCUUCAAAAUUGUUUAUUCACAUAAUAAUUCUGACCAUCUUUGGCUAAUGCACGCUUCGAUAUUCUUCUAUAACGAAGAAUGGAUAUAGAUAUUUUUAUCGUUACCUACGCACACUUACUGUUACCUCGAGUCAUCGUUAUCGAAGAAGACUAGGUUGAGGAGCCUAGCUGAUUAGGUAGCCGCUAUAAUCGUAUGCGAACAAAUUGUUAACAUUCCGUAUUGUUGCAAUAGUUCCAGGAUCAUUGGCGAUCCGUCACGUACUUUUUUUUAUAUCUUUUUGUACCAGUUCGUGACGUCCCAACGACGCGACGUAUAGAUAAAGUCGUUUCUAGCUUAAUUGUUUCGAGAUUCGGUAAAAAAUGAUUUCGUUUGUGAAGUGCUGAAUUAAAAUGCAUCAUUAGAAUGCGUCGUAGAAGCGUGCUUCUACGAAGGAAACAUAUUUUAUAUGCCAAAAUAUUUAUAAUAAUGAUGUUAUAAUGUAUUUUUCAUAAGUUAAGUAAUAUGUUGACUCAAAAAUUUUAUAAAUAAAGUAUCAUUCAAUGAUUGA